AACUUUCCACUUUCUUCAAAGUUUCAUUGCGCUCCUCAGCGCCACUUCACUUCACCCAUCUCUCAUCAACCAACAUGGCGGCCGAAGGCUUGCGACGCUCCACCCGAGCGAGAAAACCUGUGCAGAACUACGCCGCAGUACAAGCCGCUGAGGAUGAAGCACCCGCCGUCAAGGCCGCGCCACCCAAGCGCAAGAGAGUCAAAGUUGAGGGCGGAGAGGAUGAGGUCAUCGAAGCAGCUCCCGCAAAGAAGACCAAAAAGGCCAGCAGAGUCAAAGUUGAGGACGAAGAUGACGAGGAUUUUGACGCCAAUGAAGUCGUCGACGCUGCUCCCGCAAAGAAGACCAAACACGCCGGCAAAAAGGGCAAGGCGCGCAAGUAUGACGACGACGAGGACGAGGACGAUGGUGCCGCCGACGACGACUGGAGCUGGAAGAAAGUCGGACUGUCCAUCUUCAUUGUCAAUCCCAAGACGAUGGCCAAGGCUCAGCGGGCCAAAGGCAACAAUUGGCAUGCCAGUGCAGCGGCCAAUCGCAUUGCCAUCAAUCAAAGCAAGAUUCCGAGGCUCAGGGAGGGAGAGGAGGAGAGCAGAGUGAGACCCUAUGUCGAAUCACCGCCUCCUUCGUAUCACAAAGCUCUGGCAAAGGCGAACAAGGAGCGCAUGUUUGUGCUUGACCGCACGCGCGACACCGAACCGGACUGCCACGCUCAUCACCCAGACUGUCCGCGCGAGACCGUGCAAAUCGCAGGAUCGAGUGGCAACGUCUACACCGUCUCCAUCACCCACAUGCCCAGCUGCACCUGUCCGACCACGAUCUUCCAGAAGGGUGGGACGGAGACGGUGUGCAAGCACGUCUUGUACAUUCUGCACAACGUCUUGAAAGCGCCCGAUCACCUCAAGCAGCAAAACGCUUUCCUCACCUCCGAGCUCCAAGAGCUCUUCGCCAAUGCUCCGCCUCUGCCCGCCGAAGUCGUUACCGCACCGGAGGAGGAGUUCGAUGGGAAGCGCAAGCCUGUCGAAGACGACUGUCCCAUCUGCUGUAUGGAGUUUGAGGACAAUGAAGAGGUCGUGUGGUGUCGUGCGGCUUGCGGCAACAACGUUCACAAAGCGUGCUUCGACCAGUGGGCCAAGACGAAAUUGGGCCAGGUCACCUGCCCAUUCUGCCGCACGGAAUGGGAGGAAGAGGCUCCGAAGGCGCAGAAGGUCAAGGUGGCGGCUGUCGAUAUGUCUGCCGUGGCGACGGGUGCCGGCGGGUAUCGAAAUGUGAGGGACCAGCUUGAUUACGACUGAGGACGAGGAAUGGAUGUCACCAGCAUGAAUGCGGUAUAGAUAUGAGGGAGACACCGCUACGGUUUGCCGGGGGCUGGCGGCAAACUCUGCCGGCACGGCACACACACCCACAGCCCUACUACGAAGGGAUGAUUGCUUAAGACGGAAGGGAUUGA